GAUUUUGUGUGCUCUUUCAAUUGUUACCUUUCUGCAAUAUUAGUCUUUGUUUCAUUUAAAAAUCCGGUGUUUUUAGUGCACGGCUGACCUACAUUGCGCUGCUGAUAUUACUGGAAUUCCUGUUGUGCGAGCUCACGCCCAUGAUAUUACGGCCUUAGGGGUAGCGAUGGCAGCUGGAAUGGCCAAAGGAGUGGAAGUUUGGGAUGUACACGCCGAGGAAAGAGACCUGAUUCCUAAUGAUACCUUUUUGCCCACAUCUACAGAAGACGAAAGGGAUACGCGGUAUGCGAAGUGGAAAAUGGCAGUGCAAAGAUCCCUUGGAUGGGUUUCACCGAAAAAAUCCGCAGUUAUGACCGAGGAAAGGUAUCAGCUGCUGGCCAGUAUCCCUGGGAGCGUUUUCGCGAUUUCAAGCUUUGGACUGCUAGUACUCGCACAGUACUUAAAUAAAGAAGUUUGAAAUGUGCUCACGAAAGUUUUCGGUUGUUUCACGGAUUCUGAAAACGAUUCGCAAACUGUUUUUUGUUAUUCGUUCUAUCGUACUUAAGGAAAAAGUUAUUGUUACAGUUGCAAAGUUUAAUUUUGAUUAAAUUUAUUAAUUAAA